UUAGUGAGCUGAGAUGGCAGAACCUGUGUCCACGCGUCCAAACCACGUCUCCAUCUCCCUCCUUGUUCGACUCUACUUCUCUUCUCCCUCUAUCUGUAUCUGUAUCUGUAUCGCAGUCAAAUCAAUGUUAGUAUUCGCCUAAUCGACCCUCCAAUCAUUCACCAUUAUCAAACAAUGUCCGACGAUGCUGCUCCCAAACAGCCCAACGGAGUGGUCAUCGACCCCAACGACCACGAUUUACAUGACCUCACGCUUCUCACCCUUCUCAACCGCUUCAUCGCUGCCAUUUUCUCCCCUUCCCCUAAUCCCUCCGCUCCUCUUCCGCAGAGGCUCAAGACCGCCCUCUCCGAUAAUAUCCCCCUUCUCCGCGAUGCUUCCAACAACACUGCUGCCCUACUUCUCCAAUGGACCCGCCGCGGCACCCCUCUCCGCGCCUUGUUCCUUGUUUCCGUAGGGACAAUUGUUUUCCUCGCAUUGUCUGGACUAUUAGUCUUCACGCUUUUCUUUGUUGCAGCAACCGUCAAUGCUGUAGUCAUUUCUCUUGUGAUGUCUUUAGCAGCAGCAGGAGGAUUUUUGGCUCUGUUCUUUGCCUGUGUUGCAGCCAUUUAUAUUGGGGCAUUAUCCGUAGCCAUAUUUGUCAUCUCUACAGCAACAAUUUCUUGUAUCAUUGCUGUUCUUAUUGCUGCAGGUUGGAUUGGUUUCUUUUGGACGUUGUGGAUUGCAGCGCAGAAAAGCAUAGGUUUGGCCAAACAUUCGGUUUUCAUCACAGGAUCGGCAUUAUCAGCCUGCUCGUCCACUUGGCACGAAAGACGCGAGCAGACCUCAAAGAAAUCGAACUGAGGCUUGAUGUGCGUGAAUCCCGUGAGUUUUAUUCUAUCCACCUCUGCGUUGCACUGGUCUCUCAUAUAAGUAGCAAUAAGGAUGUUGCGCGGCUUUGCUCUGCUCUGCUCUCUUAUAUAAGUAUGAAUAAGGAUGCCGAAUUGUCGUGUAUAAAUUGAGCUAGCAUCUUACGAAAUUUGGUAGAUUUCCGUACCUAGCAUGCCCUUUUUUCUCUCUCUCUCUCUCUCUUAAGUUUAGUAUAUUUCUCGUUUGAUAUGGAGUAGUAUCUUAUUAGAGGAUUUGCAGUUUGUACCAUAUUAUGAUUCAUUUUUCCUAUUGAGAUGUGAAAUGAAAUUUUGUGAGAGAUGAAUUUGCGAGAUUUAAUGAGACAAAUGAAAUUCUUUUGGUCU